UGCCGUCCGCGCCGGGGAAGCGGUGGGCGUUUCUUCGGUGCGUUUGUUGACUGUUGAUGCUGAGGACAUUUUCCUCCUCCGUGACCAGAAGCUCUACUGAUGUUUCUCCCUACACUUGUGGAGGACAUGCAUCAAUUCAAACCCAGUCGAGACAGACUGUACACCACCAGGUGUUGUGGAUGUUGCCACGUCCGAACCGGGACUAUCAUCCUGGGAACCUGGUAUAUGGUUGUCAACCUGUUGAUGGGCAUCCUUCUGACUGUAGCCGUGACACAUCCAGAGAAUGUGCCCACCAUCGACUUGCAGUAUGAGGUCAUCGACCAUUACUUUGCCUCCGACAGGAUGUCUGAGAAUGCCUGUGUUGGAUUUGCCAUCUCACUGCUGAUGCUCACCAUCAGUGCCAUGAUGGUGUAUGGAGCCAUUACUCACCGUGACGGCUGGCUCAUCCCGUUUUUCUGCUACCAGCUCUUUGACUUUGCUCUCAGCUGCCUGGUGGCCAUCAGCUCUCUCACCUACCUGCCCAGGAUCAAGGACUACCUGGACCAGCUACCGGAUUUCCCGUACAAGGAUAACCUCCUCUCUCUGGACUCCAGCUGCCUGCUGCUCUUUGUGCUGGUCUUUUUUGCCUUCCUCAUCAUCCUAAAGGCUUAUUUGAUCAACUGUGUAUGGAACUGCUACAAGUACAUCAACAACAGGAACAUGCCAGAGAUCGCUGUGUAUCCUGCCUUUGAGACCCCUCCCCAGUACAUCCUGCCCACUUAUGAGAUGGCGAUGAAGAUGCCAGAGAAGGAGCCGCCUCCUCCUUACAUGCCCGCUUAAGCACCAGCUCCGUUGCCAAAACACACCUACAUACACAGACAUGCACAUGCAGCCAUCAUAUGCAUUCCUACAUUCCCCCACUAGCACCACGAACCCCUGCCUCCCUCCCCUGACCUCCUCUGUAUGUGUACGGCCACUAAAAUCAUUUUCUCCAUCCCACCCGCAAUAUUUCUAGAGUAUCUAUAGACGUGUGACAAGAGAAAGGUGGGAAAGAUUGAAAUCAUUUUGAAAUGAAUGAAUGUGAUGUUUGAAAAGUGAUGGAAACUACCAGCUUAUUUUUCCUCUGGUCUUUUUUAAGUCUUAGUAAAAGGGAUACGUGUAAAAACUAGAUAGCUUGAAAUGCUCUCAUGAACUCAACACCAUCCUAUCUGUAGAUUGAUAUACAGCAUAAAGUGUAAAACUGUUAUGACAAUCCACUUAUUCUAGCUCUUGUUGAACUGUGUUACUUUCCCCCCAGUUAUGAAGACCUAGACUAUUCCAUCUCAGUUUUGAAUGGAGUCUGUAGCACUUUAUAGUCUGUUAUUUAUUUAGCUUUGCUGUGGUUCAGUUCACCAUCACCGCCGCCGCCCUCGAUGCUUCCCGCUGAUGUGUUAACAGAGCUAGAGUUUUCUAGCAGAGGAGGAGGAUGAUGAUGGCGGAUCGUGGCCUCUGCUGCUUUUUUCACAUCUGGAGCAACCAGCUAGUCUCGUGAGCAUUAGUAGUUGCAUGCUUACCAGCAUUACUCCCACUUACUUUACUAGUAAAUUGAUUUUAUCCUGGUGGAAAACAUUUGACUUCAAUAAAGCUUUCAAAACAUU